AAGCUGGGUUGUGGCGCUGCCGUGAAGCCCUUCACCGACAACAUGUCUCAUUUACCGAUGAAACUUUUACGCAAGAAGAUCGAGAAGCGGAACCUCAAAUUGCGACAACGAAACCUAAAGCUCCAGGGUGCCUCAACUGUGAGCCUGUCAGAAACUCAAAAUGGAGAUGUGUCUGAAGAAACAGUGGGAGAUGGAAAAGUUAAAAAGUCCUUAAAGCAGUCUGUGAGUGCGGGCUUGUCAGAAGCCCAAAAUGGAGAUGUAGCUAAAGAAACAGUAGGAAGCAGAAAAGUGAAAAAGUCCCUAAAACAACCCAUGAGUGCUGGGCUGGCAGAAGCCCCAAAUGGAGACACAUCUGAAGAAGCAGGAGUAGGUGGGAAAGUGAAAAAGUCCCGAAAACAAUCUAUGAAGGCAAGCGUGUCGGGAGCCGACAACGGAGUCCUACCUCAGGGAGCCAUGGAAAAUGUCAAAGUUAAAAAAUCCAUGAAAGAGUCCGUAAAUGCAGGCAUGUCAGAAGCCCAAAAUGGAGAUCUAUCUAAAGAAACAGGGGAAAAUGUCAAAGUUAAAAAAGCCUCCAAGAAAUCUACCACAUUGACCAGUGGAGAAGCAGCAAUGCAGUCUCCCAAUUCGGAAUCAAAAAAGAAGAAGAAGAAAAAGAGAAAAGUAGUGGAUGAUGCUGGGCCUGAUCCCAAAAAAGCAAAAGCUGAGGACAUAGGAGACGCUGAAGAUGGUGCCCAGGCUCCUGAAGAAACAGAAGAAAGUGUGGAGAAGCCAGAUGGCGAGGAGGAGGACAGCGAAGUGCCCAGCCUGCCACUGGGGCUGACAGGAGCUUUUGAGGAUACCUCAUUUGAUUCUCUGACUAAUCUUGUCAAUGAGAACACUCUGAAGGCAAUAAAAGAAAUGGGCUUUACAAACAUGACUGAAAUUCAACAUAAAAGUAUCAGACCACUUCUGGAAGGCAGGGAUCUUCUAGCAGCUGCAAAAACAGGCAGUGGCAAAACGCUGGCGUUUCUCAUCCCUGCAGUUGAACUCAUUGUUAAGUUAAAGUUCAUGCCCAGGAAUGGAACAGGAGUCCUUAUUCUCUCACCUACUAGGGAACUGGCCAUGCAGACUUUUGGUGUCCUUAAGGAGCUGAUGACACACCAUGUUCACACAUACGGGUUAAUAAUGGGUGGCAGUAACAGGUCUGCUGAAGCUCAGAAGCUUGCCAAUGGGAUCAACAUCGUCGUGGCCACCCCAGGCCGUCUCCUGGACCACAUGCAAAAUACCCCAGGGUUUAUGUAUAAAAACCUACAGUGUCUGGUUAUUGAUGAAGCUGAUCGUAUCUUGGAUGUUGGGUUUGAAGAGGAAUUAAAGCAAAUCAUUAAACUUCUGCCAACACGCAGACAGACCAUGCUCUUCUCUGCCACACAAACUCGAAAAGUUGAAGACCUGGCGAGGAUUUCUCUGAAAAAGGAGCCUUUGUAUGUUGGUGUUGAUGAUGAUAAAGCUAAUGCAACUGUAGACGGUCUUGAGCAGGGAUAUGUUGUCUGUCCUUCUGAAAAGAGAUUCCUCCUGCUCUUUACAUUCCUUAAGAAGAACCGGAAGAAGAAACUAAUGGUUUUCUUUUCAUCCUGUAAGUCCGUGAAAUACCACUAUGAGUUGCUGAACUACAUCGAUUUGCCUGUCAUGGCCAUUCAUGGAAGGCAGAAACAAAAUAAGCGUACGACCACGUUCUUCCAGUUCUGCAAUGCAGAUUCAGGGAUCUUGUUGUGUACAGACGUGGCAGCUAGAGGGCUGGAUAUUCCUGAAGUGGACUGGAUUGUUCAGUAUGACCCUCCAGAUGACCCCAAGGAAUACAUUCACCGUGUGGGCAGAACAGCCAGAGGCCUGAAUGGAAGAGGGCACGCCUUGCUCAUUUUGCGCCCUGAAGAAUUGGGUUUCCUUCGCUACCUGAAGCAAUCCAAGGUUCCAUUAAGUGAAUUUGAGUUUUCCUGGUCCAAAAUUUCUGACAUUCAGUCUCAGCUUGAAAAACUGAUUGAAAAGAACUACUUCCUUCAUAAGUCAGCCCAGGAAGCAUAUAAGUCAUACAUUCGAGCCUAUGAUUCCCAUUCCCUGAAGCAGAUCUUCAAUGUUAAUAACUUAAAUUUGCCUCAAGUUGCUCUGUCGUUUGGCUUCAAGGUGCCUCCUUUUGUUGAUUUGAAUGUGAACAGCAAUGACGGCAAAGUUAGAAAGCGAGGCGGUGGCGGUGGAUUUGGCUACCAGAAAGCCAAGAAAGUCGAGAAGUCCAAGAUCUUCAAACACAUAAGCAAGAAGCCAUCUGACCGCAGGCAGUUUUCUCACUGAAGACAUACCUUUGUCCUGAAAUGUAUGUUCUUUUUCUUGCUGUAAGAAAGGAAUUUGUGUUACUUUAGGAUUUGGACUCAUCUAAUGACGCGACUGAACUGAACUGAACUGAAUGAGUAUGAGAUGACUUGGGUCACCGGCACUGAGGUUUCCAGUGAGUCUCCUUUUUGGGGAUAUAAAACAGGUCGCAAUGUCUUGAUUGCCCAAGCAAAGCAAGGCAUUUUUCUAGUCUUUGUGAUGAUAGAAUAUUUCUAAGUGUAAAUCUUUUUUUUUCCCCAAACUUGUUACUGUUUUAAUGUAAUUCUUUUGGUACUUUGCUUUCCUAGUGUCUGAAACCUUUUGUGACUUGGAUUGCUGUGUCAGCCUGCCAGAAAGGGCAGAUGACCGGACACUGGACAGGUGGUGGGGGUGCAGAAAAAUUGUCUCAAUUGUUUUUUUUUUGGUUUCAGUUUUUUCUUGGACCUUAACAGUAGUUUUUUGACCCCUCCUGAAAAUGUUGCUGUGUGAAAGGGCAGAGAGCUUUGGAAAAUCCCUAAGAAGCACCUUCAGUUAAGGGGGCACUGGGCUUUUAUAUGCCAGACUUUAAAACAAUGAGCCUUUCUCCAUUUUACUUUUUCAGGAGUAAGAAAUAUGGGUUGUCAUUGUUAUUUGAAUAAAGCGCCCCUAGCAGUCCUGACAUUGAGGGUGGUGGUGGUGGUGAAGUCGCUCAGUUGUGUCCGACUCUUUGCGACCCCGUGGACUGUAACUUACUAGGCUUCUCCGUCCAUGGGAUUCUCCAGGCAAGAAUACUGGCGUGGAUUGCCAUUUGCUUCUCCAGGGGAUCUUCCCGACCCAGGGAUCGAACCCGGGUCUCCCGCAUUGCAGGCAGACGCUUUAACCUCUGAGCCACCAGGGGUGGGGGAAAUCCCAGAUACUUUACAAGUAUAGUCUCUGCUGUUCUCCAUUGGGUAGCUUAGCAGACUGAGGCACACAGAACGGUGCCACUCCUCAGGCAAAUUUGUUUCUUUGAAGUGGUUUCAAUUUUGGUGAGUCCUUCCAACUCGAAAUACUUCCUACAGUAUUUAGAAGGCAAAAGCAUCUUUUUGAGAAAAACUGCCUCUUCCGGAUCCGUGAAACAAAAAUAGAUUUAUGGUGAAAACUAAAAAUGAGCACACAGCAGAAUAGCAAAGUCAGUGGUUUAGUCAGAUGGGGUUUUUUGUUGUAGUAAUUUUUGAUUUCUGGUGUGUUUGAUGUUUUAUUUCUAGUGUGUUUUAUAACUACAAAAUGGUUACUAUAUUUUGUAGUAAUUUAAAACCAAAGUUGCUAACAUCAUUUUACUGUUGUACCAGUUAAUAUUCAGAUUCCUAUUAAAUGUGCUAAGAAUAUUAGAAGUCGAAGAAACAGUCUGGUAAACAGCAUUCCAGUAGGAAAAGAAUGAUACUAUCCCACAUCUGGGCUUGACCACCAUCCCCCUUGCUGGACAUGUGCUGGGCUUCAGACCUUGUUUGCUGGACUCCUGGCAUUUAAUACCUGUUUCUCUUUACAGUGACUUUUCUUUAUUUCAGAAAUAAUCAUGUUUCAAAAAGUAUGCAAAAGCAGAGAAGAAUAUUUAAUCACUGAACAGAAGUAAAUACUGUUAAUAUUUUGAUACUUAAUCUUCCAGUGUUUUGUAUAUGUACUUUUUAAUUUUUUUUAAU